CAAAAGGUGGUGCGUUUGCCAUUCCAACGCCUCCACCUCAAAUCCCAAAUCUUCGAGAACCACAACCCUACUCCAGUUACUACUUGGUGGCCACCAAUGGCGGUGCGCUAACUCCUUAGAGUCCCGAUGCUUUCCUGGAGGAUGCACUGGUCGAUCUACAUGCACUCCGUCUGCCACUUUCUACUUCUUACUCUCGUCCCGUUCACAAUUAGAGGUCUCUGAGUGGUGGUGUCAGAUCUCUCUCUCUCUCUCUCUCUCUCUCUCUCUCUCUUUCUCUCGCUCUCUCUCUCUCUCAGUUUAAGUUGUCUUCUUCUUUUAUUACUUGCCCUAUGAAGUUUGUGGCUGGGGUAAAAGUUUGGUUGGGAUUUAAAGCGGUUGCAGAUUUGCAGUAAAAGUUCGGCCUCAAAAUCUCCUCCUUUUGUUCUCCAGCAUAGUAGCACUUUACUUUCCCUCGAUUCUUUUAGCGGCCAUCUCCUUCCGGGCUUUAAGGCAGAGUUUCUGUGAGGAACAUAAAAUUUUGAGGUGGAAAGUAAAGAAUAAAGACAUUCACGUUCUUCUGGCUGCUUGUCUCUAUUGAAAAUGAUUUUUGGUUCUUCAAGCUUAAGAGAUUAGCUUUUAGUUGGGGUUACUGAUUGGUCUGUGUUUUAAAGCCAUAGUGGAGUCCAACUAUCGUAUCAGAUGUAAGAUAGCUUCUCUUAGAUCCAGAGACUGAAAUAUACUAUAUCCAGAAUCUGCAAGCUAUCUGAGAAUGCGACCAAGUGGGGAGAAAACCAAGAUGCUUGUUGUCUUCUUAUUUGUCAUGAACUUUUUCCUUUUUAUACCCAUCUCAGGUGUGACCUAUACUGGUGAGAUGGAGAAAUUGUACACCUUGAGAGACUCACUUGCUCCAGGAAGAGGCUUACUACCAAGCUGGUUUACUGCAGGAACUCCUUGUGAUUGGACAGGCAUAACAUGCGCUGGUUCAAUUGUUGAGGCUAUCGACUUAUCUAAUGUAGGCUUUGAUGUUCAUAUCCCACGCUGUAUAGGGGAGUUUAGACAUCUCAGAUUACUCAACCUUAGCACCUGCAGCUUCACUGGCCAAAUACCGGAAACAUUGGGGAAUCUGCAAAUGCUGGAGUCACUGGACUUGAGUGUGAAUCAUCUCUCUGGAGCUCUUCCUUCUUCACUUAUUAGCUUGAGGAAGCUUACGGUACUUGUGCUCGACUCAAAUUCCCUCACUGGAGAUAUAAGCACCAUAGUUGGUCAUCUUAAAGGUCUCAAAAAGCUUUCCAUCUCUGACAAUUCUUUCACAGGUAGCAUUCCCCCCAAUAUUGGGAACUUGUUUGAUCUGGUGUAUCUGGACUUGAGCUUCAAUUAUUUCUCUGGACCAUUACCUCCCAGCAUGGAAAAUCUCAGGAGCCUCUUGCAUUUGGAUGUCAGCCGAAAUAGGCUCUCUGGUUCCAUCUUUCCUGGCAUUGGGUUGCUUGGAGGAAUCAUAACACUUGACCUUUCUUCCAACACUUUUACAGGGCCUCUGCCAAUCACCAUUGGCAAAUUGACAAGCAUCGAAUCCCUUUGGCUGGGACAAAAUAGUUUCACUGGGAAUCUUCCAGUAGAAAUUGGCAGCAUGAAGCAGCUCAAAGAGUUCUCUGUGCAAAGUUGCAAGUUCACGGGAACUAUUCCUGAGGAAAUCUCCAACCUGAAGAAUUUAACAGAUUUAGACAUUUCUGAGAACAAUUUCGAAGGAGAAAUGCCUCAAGGAAUUGGAGAAUUGGUGAACUUGAAAUAUUUUGUUGCUGCUGAUGCUGGGUUAUGUGGUCCUAUACCUAAACAAUUGGGCAACUGCAAGAAUCUAAGGAUUGUAGAUUUGUCAUUUAAUUCGUUUUCAGGUCCUCUGCCUAAUAGUCUUGCUGGGCUGCAGGCUAUCACUACAUUUAUCUUGGAAGAUAAUCAUCUGGAAGGUCCCAUUCCCACCUGGAUCUCAAAUUGGAAGAUGGUAAAUUCCAUAAGAUUGGGUAAGAACCUAUUUAAUGGAUCUUUGCCACCACUGUACCUGCCGAAUUUGAUUUCAUUCUCUGCUGAUGCGAAUCAGCUCUCUGGAAUAAUUCCCUCAGAUAUUUGUUCGGGCAACUCUCUAUCCUCGCUUUCAUUAUCAGAGAACAAACUAACGGGCACCAUUACGAGAGCCUUCGAAGAAUGCUCUAAGCUUACUGAUCUGGUCCUUAUGGGGAACACUUUGUAUGGUGAAAUACCAGGAUACCUUGGUGAGCUUCCGCUCGUUACACUGGAAUUGUCUCAGAAUAACUUCUCUGGAAUGGUUCCACAGAAGCUGUGGAAAUCUCCAACCAUACUGGAAAUAUCCUUGAGCAAUAAUAGACUAACUGGCCAUAUUCCUACGAUCAUUGGUGAUAUGUUGAAUUUGGAGAGGUUACAACUUGAUAAUAAUUUCUUUGAGGGUAUCAUUCCUACUUCAAUUGGCAAACUUGGAAACCUCACCAAUUUGUCUCUCCAUGGAAACCAAUUAUCAGGGGAGAUACCAGCAGAGCUUUUCAACUGUAGGAACCUGGUGGCAUUAGAUCUGAGUUCCAACAAUCUGACAGGGAGCAUUCCUAGCACCAUAUCACAGUUGAAGUUGCUUGACAAUUUGGUCCUGUCUAAGAACCAACUAUCUGGGCAUAUUCCUGGUGACAUUUGUGCUGGUUUUCAGAUGGUUGCUUAUCCAGAUUCAGAGUUCACGCAACACUAUGGUAUGCUUGAUCUUUCUUAUAACUAUCUAAAUGGUGAAAUUCCUGCUUCCAUUAAGAACUGCACUGUGCUAAGGGAGCUAAGGUUGCAAGGCAACGUGCUCACUGGCAGCAUCCCUCCUGAGCUGGCUGACCUAGCAAAUCUCACCUUCAUUGAUCUGUCCUUUAACUCUCUCAGAGGUCAGAUUCUGCCGCGUCUUUCUCCUUUGCGGAGCCUACAAGGUCUUCUCUUGUCAAACAAUCAAUUUGAUGGUACAAUUCCAAGCGAGAUAAGUUGGAUGCUGCCCAGCUUAGUCAAGCUGAAUUUGUCAUCCAACCACCUUACUGGUACAAUUCCAAAAUCUAUUUUCUACAUCGAGACCCUUACAGAUGUUGAUAUCAGCCAGAACUUGCUUUCUGGACAAAUUCCAUUCGCCGCCAAGGAUCUCAGUUCCCUCCUCAUAUUCAAGGCCAGCAACAACAACUUAAAUGGAAGCUUAUCUGAGUCAGUGUCAAACCUAAGCUCCCUUUCUGUCCUAGAUCUCCACGACAACAAUCUUAUUGGAGGUUUGCCAUCAUCACUUUCCAGACUCGAUUACUUGACUUAUCUUGACCUCUCCAAUAACAAGUUUCUUGGUGCCAUCCCCUGUGAUAUCUGUAGCAUUGUUGGACUUUCCUUUGCCAACUUCUCUGGCAACAGGUUAUACAGGUACUCAGGUGAUUGUGCUUCCACCACUCCUUGCCUAGCACACCAAUUUCUUUCUCCUCUCCUUGUUCCUUAUCCAUCGUCUCGAGCUCUGACCCAGGUUUCAGUGUGGUGCAUUACUCUUGGUAUUGCCAUUGGAUUGGUGGCAUUUCUUAUCUUCUUUCUCAGGUGGAGGGCCAUGAGGAAGAAAUGUUUGGCUUCUGUAUCGCUUGACAAGGCCAGUGCUGCAGCUCUUGAACUAGCCUCCAGCGAUGAGCUUCUGGAAAAGAAGUUGAAGGAGCCAUUGAGCAUAAAUCUAGCCACAUUCCAACAUGCUCUGCUGCGACUAACCCUCAGUGACAUUCUGAAAGCAACGGAAAACUUCAGCAAGGCUCGAAUCAUCGGUGACGGUGGUUUUGGUGCAGUAUAUAAAGCAGCUCUUCCUGGAGAAUGCAUGGUAGCAGUCAAGAGGCUUUAUGGUGGAGGCCAGUUCCAGGGCGACCGUGAGUUCCUAGCUGAGAUGGAGACCAUUGGCAAGGUGAAGCACCAGAACCUUGUCCCACUGCUUGGAUACUGUGUCUUCGGCGACGAGCGGUUUCUCAUCUAUGAGUACAUGGAAAAUGGAAGCCUGGAGGUGUGGCUUAGGAACCGAGCUGAUGCAAUGGACGCCCUCCAGUGGCCGGUGAGGCUCAAUAUUUGUCUUGGCGCUGCCCGUGGCUUGGCAUUCUUGCACCAUGGCUUUGUUCCCCAUAUCAUCCAUCGGGACAUGAAGUCGAGUAACAUUCUCUUGGACAAGGACUUUGAGCCAAGGGUCUCUGACUUUGGACUUGCACGCAUAAUUAGCGCGUGUGAAACUCAUGUCAGCACUGACCUUGCCGGGACUUUUGGUUACAUCCCGCCAGAGUAUGGGAUGACCAUGAAGGCUACCGUGAAGGGGGAUGUCUACAGCUUUGGGGUGGUGAUGUUGGAGCUGCUCACUGGGCGGCCACCGACAGGGCAAGAGGAGAGGGAAGGUGGUGGGAACUUGGUGGGAUGGGUGAGGUGGAUGGUGGGACUGGGGAAGGAGGCUGAAGUGCUUGAUGCAUGGUUGACUUCUUGUGGACAUUGGAGGGGGCAGAUGAUGUCAGCGCUAAAGGUUGCUUUGCAGUGCACAGCCGAUGAGCCGGGGAAGAGGCCCACCAUGCUUGAGGUGGUGAGGAUGCUCAAGGAGAUCAAGAUGGAGGCUGGUGAUGGUGGUGUUGUCAGUUUAGAUGCCUGAAGCUUGAAGAUAAUGCCAAGUCUUAUUCUACACCUAAAUGAUUAGAUGUAACUUUGCAAAUGGUGCGAACAUGGUAGACUUGGUAUAUAGAAUUGUCACUUAGCUAUAUUGAUAUGACCGGAAGGGCCAUGAUCUUCAACACUUGGUAUUGUAGUUCAAAUCUUUCUGUCUAGUAAUGGGGUAUGUUUAUGUAAUCAAGCUUGAAGAAUCAUGAUUUCCAAUUCAUGGUUGUUUGUGUGAAAUUCAAAA